AUGGAACAGCCCACAAGUAAGCUGCAGUGCAAUAUUCUUAUCUCCCCAUCGCGCAUGGAUGUCCCUGCCGCCGACGACUGGUGCUUUCGCUACUGGAUAAGGGCGCAGAAAAAACACGACGGGCCGUUGCUUGUGAUGGGUGUCUGCACCGCGGGCUACGUCUUCGGUGCUGUCCUGUCAUACUAG